CCCAUCUCCAUAGCUGGGGGUCUGGAGUGCUGCCCAGCCCCAUACCCAGGGGUUUGGAGGGCCAUAGUCCCCGGUUGCAGUUGCGGUUGCAGUCACAGUGCCCCAGCAGCGUGCAGGAGCGGUGACCCUCUGGUGGCAUUGAGCACCAGCCCCUGCAGCCCCACAGUAUAUUUAGAAAAGUGCCCAGACCAAAAAUAGAGGGGAAAAUUUUCCCCCAGUGGCUGCUCCAUCUGCCAAUCACAAACAAAAAAGCCAAUGGAGCCGGUAGCUGCAUCACAACCUGCCAACCCUCUGCCCACAAGCGGGUGGACAGACGGAUGGACGGAGCUGGGUAGACCUGUCCACUCUGUGAUCGCUGGGGAAGCAGCCUUGGAGCAUCACACAGUGCUCUGCUGACAGCGUGGGAGCACCCACACACCCACGACGGUGAGGGGUCCCUGUGCAGGCGGUGUCCCCACGGCUCACCCCACCGCUGGGGCUGCUCCUGCUGGGAGCUCCCCACACCAGGUCAGGGGGUUUGGGGUAUGUGAGGUGGGGGCAGCCCCAGUGCAGGUCCCCGCGUGCCCACCCUGGGGAUGGGGCAGUGGUUGGGCAUGUGUCCGUGGCUGUCUUGCAGCGCCAUGGGGGACUGGAGCUUUCUGGGGAGGCUGCUAGAGAAUGCACAGGAGCACUCCACGGUGGUGGGGAAGGUUUGGCUCACCGUCCUCUUCGUCUUCCGCAUCCUGGUGCUGGGGGCGGCCGCAGAACGGGUGUGGGGUGACGAGCUGGCUGGUUUCUCCUGCGACACGCAGCAGCCCGGCUGCCAGAACGCCUGCUACGACAGCACCUUCCCCAUCUCCCACCUGCGCUUCUGGGUCCUGCAGAUCAUCUUUGUCUCCACCCCCAGCCUGGUGUACCUGGGCCACAUCCUGCACCUGGUGCACCUGGAGGACAAGGCAUGGCAGCAGGCGGCAGCGCGGGGCGGUGGCGGGGCCCGGCGGCAGCAGGGACGGUCCCAGAUCCCAACACGGGACACUUGGGGCCGGGUCCACAUGCGUGGGGCCAUCCUGAGGACGUAUGUCUGCAGCGUCAUCUUCAAGGCUCUCUUCGAGAUGGGCUUCAUCGCAGGGCAGUACGCCUUGUAUGGGCUUGAGCUGAAGCCCCUCUACACCUGCAGCCGCUGGCCCUGCCCCAACACCGUCAACUGCUACAUCUCCCGGCCCACCGAGAAGACCAUCUUCAUCCUCUUCAUGCUGGGGGUGUCCUGUGUGUCUCUGCUGCUCAACCUGGUGGAGAUCUACCACCUGGGCCUCACUAAGUGCCGGCAGCGGCCAGGUCCCAGAUCCCGCAUCCUGCCAGGCCCUGAUGGCCUUGCGGGGUCCCACAGUGCCCGCUUCACCUUGCCUGGUGGUGGCAACCCCAUGGAUGCCAGCAGACCGCACCUGGCACCCCUGGGGAAGGCUGGUGUGUGGUUGGGGGCGGCCAGUGGGUCCCGUGGGAAGGCACGAGUGGGGGACCUGGCAGUGUGAACGUGGCUGGUGCCUGCCAGGAUGCUCAGGGAUGGGCGAUGCGUUGGCUGCUGUGCUGUGCUGUGCUGUGGUGGCUGCAGUUGUGGUUCCCAUCUCCAGGACCUGCCAGGCCUGUGCUCAGACCCUGUGGCCAGCAUGAGAGCUGAGCAUGGCCAGGGAGCAGCAGGACCAAGCUGGGGCUGAGCGAACCCCACUAUCCCAACCAUCAGCCCUGAGGAGCAAAUAAACACGCGCUACACCUCACUUGA